UGUGCUCUAAUAAUAUCCUCCACUGACAGACUAGAGAUAGAGAGACUCUGAGGGUUAAAUAAAGGAGCACAUCUCUAUUCUGUUAUCAAUAAUCAGUCUGAGGACGACACACACAAACCCACACUGUACGUGCUCAGAUGCCAAGAUGCCUGAACAAGGGCAAGAGAGAAAGUCCAAGAUCUCAGCCUCAAGAAAGGUUAUGCUAAAGAGUUUGAUGGUGGCCAAAGCCAAGGAGGAGCUGGAGCAGGAGGUGUUGGAUAAAGAGGAAGAGAAACAGAGGUAUCUGACGGAGAAAGCUUCUCCUCUGCAGACGCAGGGCAUGUCAUUCGCUGAGCUUCAGGAACUCUGUCAAGAGCUUCAUGGUAAGAUUGAUGUGGUGGAUGAGGAGCGCUAUGAUAUUGAAGCCAAAGUCUUACUGAAUAAGCGUGAGAUCAAAGACCUGAAUAUUAAGGUACUGGACCUGAGGGGGAAGUUCAAGCGGCCCACCCUGAGGAGGGUGAGGGUUUCUGCAGAUGCCAUCCUCCGAUCCCUCCUAGGCUCAAAGCACAAAGUCUCAAUGGAUCUACGAGCCAACCUCAAAUCUGUGAAAAAAGAGGAUACUGAGAAGAAGAGGCCAGUUGAAGACAGUGACUGGAGGAAGAACGUCGAGGCCAUGUCUGGUAUGGAGGGAAGAAAGAAGAUGUUUGAUGCAGCGAAAGGCCCCACCCAGUGAAACCUUAGUGAAGUUAACAUGAAAGAUCAUGCAACUUUUGUUAGGUGAAUAAAAGGUUUAGAGUUGCAAACUAAACAUAUCAUUUAUGUACUAGAUAUACUUUAAUAGGUGUUGUUAAACAGUGCAUUGAACUGCUCAGCAUUGGUGCAAAUGAUUGUGCAAUGUUCAUGUGGCCAAUGAGUCAAUAAUUACUUGCUACAGUAGUUGAUCUUUUAUUAUGUCAAUAUUCAGUUAUGAGAACGAGUCAAUGUACGGUGUACCAAUGUAUUACGAGAAUAAACAAAGUGAAACGUGUCGAAGUACAAGACUCAUUAUGUGUAGUCUUACCAAAACUUUUUAAGACUCUGUUUGACGUGUUUUUCUGAUAAUCUGGCUAUU